GCCCGCCAGCCAGUCCAGCCGGCUCGAAUCGGCUGGCUGGACCGGUUCGGCUCGGCUGCUUGUCCGUUCCUGCCCAAUCGCUGCAGUUCAUUCCGCUCAUCCGCAUCGUCCAAGAUCCAACCCAUCGGCCACCACGAUACGGCCCCCCAGCCGGCCACACGCAGACAUGGACGCAUCUCCACAGGACGCUGGACCGCAGCCAACGGCUGAGCAGGCCGAGAGCCAGACCGCAAAGGGCAAAAAGUACACCCCCCGAGACGAAAAGGCCGACAAGAGUCUGGCCGAAAUCCUCGUCGCCAUGGACGACUUUGCUCCGAUUAUUCCGGAUGCCGUUACGGACUACUACCUCGAAAAGGCCGGGGUUCAGUGCUCUGAUCAGCGGAUCAAGCGCUUGCUCGGCCUGGCAGCCCAAAAGUUUGUCGCCGACAUCGCCACAGAUGCGCUGCAAUAUUCCAAAAUCCGCCAGGGAUCUCAGGGCAAGGAGCGGAAGAUGGGACUGAAGGAUCGGAAAACAGUGCUCACCGUCGAGGACCUGUCCGCGGCGCUGGGCGAUUACGGCAUCAAUGUCAAGAAGCCAGACUUUUACCAAUAAGUCGGGCCUCGUUCAAGUCGCACGCAGAGUCACUCUCAGGCAAUCUGCUGUCCUCGGGCAAUCCGUGAGGGCAUCGCGAACAGCAUCCCAGACUUGCGACACUCAACCGCCCUUCCGGCUUGGGGGUGUAGCAUUUGGAAACUCGAUGCAACUUGACUCUGGCUGCGAACCGGCCUCAGCCAGCGACGCAGCACCAGACCAAGGGUGCAAGGGCGGCGUCUAUGGUCGCUGAGACGAGUAUGUAUAUUCAGGCAAUGAAAGAAACACGAACCAAGGCAACAACAAAAAGCCAGGGUACCUCCGAUUUCCUCCUCCUCCUUUAUUUUUAUUUUUUUGGGAAUGAUUUAGUUUUUUUCGUUAUGAUCAUCGUACCCCUGGCCAAUGAGACAACUGUGCUUGGCGCUCUAGAA